AUGUAUAAAAUAUUAUCACCUGGACAAUUAAAAAGAUUAUCAGAGCAUAAAUACAGCUGUUCAAGUUCAAGUAUAUUAGAUGAAUAUUUACAACCAUGGUGGAAUUGGCUUGUUAGUAAAGUGCCAAUAUGGCUAGCACCAAAUUUAAUAACAAUACUUGGUCUUAUUAUAAAUAUUGGUACAACACUUAUUCUCGUAUGGUACAGUCCAGAUGCUAAAAUUGAACCACCAAGAUGGGCUUGUUUUCUAUGUGGUCUAGGUUUAUUUAUUUAUCAAAGUUUAGAUUCAAUUGAUGGAAAACAAGCUAGACGAACUGGUACAUCAACACCACUUGGUGAAUUAUUUGAUCAUGGAUGUGAUUCAGUAUCAACUGGUAAAUAA